AUGGCACCACCUUUUCACACCGCGAGCUUUGAACAGGAACUCGACUUUUCAGACCUGCUCUACUACUUCCGGCCGGCGUCCGUACGCGCGGCGCACGAGUCCCUUGGCACUAAGUCGCCGCUCUCCCUCCAAGCACACGCUGGGACGCCCACGUCGCUCGUGAUGGGCCGGCUUCUCAAGUCCCCCGAGGUCCAUGGCUUGGACAUCCGACUGGCGAGCCCUCAGGAGGUGGAGGGGAAAGUAAACUUUACGGCAUGCACAGUGCCCAUCCUGAUCGCAUCGAUGUGGCCGAAUACGCUUUGCGAGUUCUUCGCCCGCGUCCCGCCCGCGUAUAACCACUACCUACAAAAGGGCGUCCUCUCGCGCGACCUUUCCAUUGUGCUGUGGUCGCCGCUCAAGCUACCGCUAACGCAGUUCAACCGCGGCAUCAUGCGGGCCUUCUCUCACUUCGAGCCAACCGACUUCGCCGAUUUCUCGGCUCGCAAGCCUCCGGACGCGCCGAGCACGAGCACGUACGAGGGGAGGCACGUAAUGCGCUACUACCUGCCUAUGCUGAAGCAUGUCCCGCCCUUCUGGGCGGUGGAUCCACCGGCGGCUCGCCCACUGCGCGUCCUCAUCGAGCAGCGCUCUGCCGCCGCAACGAGGCAGCUACUGCGCUUCGACGCGCUGCUCGAGAACUGCGAUCGGCUGACGGGGGCGACCGGCGGUCAGCCCGUGGAGUGCCGCCCCUACAGCUUCGGUUCGCGCCCCUUUGCGCAUGACCUGGCCGUGCUCAAGGACACUGAUGUGAUGGUCGGCACGCACGGGUCCGCCGAGAUGAAUGCCGUGUUCACGCGGGUCGGCACCUCCGUCGUCGAGGUGAGAGGCAACAACGCCACGAAGUCGUACGCCAACAACUGGCACCCUGCGGUUUCGCGCUUCUCGGGCUUCGACUACUUUUGGUGGGGAAUCAUCGUGCAGGACCCGAGCAUGGUCAGCGUCUCGCGGCUCGAGUCGAAGGGCGGCUUCUACGCUGACUCGAGCAGCUCUUGGAAGUCGGCCAUGUUCCGAAAGCGGGAUCAGAACGUCGAGCUUCGAUGGGAGCACCUCGCGCCGGUCCUCGGGGAGAUCGCCUCCAUCGGUAGAAACGCGAAGGCCUACAGCAAGCUCUUCGGCACCGACAUGGAGUUCUUUGGCAGCGCGCAGCACCGAGGCGUCGUCUUCGAGGUGAUGCCCGGCGGUCGCUUGCGGCGACACAAGGGCUACGACAAGAGCGACAUGGCGCCCGACACGGAGCCCGAAGGGGGAUGGGCGGCAGGGGCAGCCACCCGUCAACCCAAGCGCCCCAAGCUGCAGCCCAUGCGAUGGCCCACGCCAAACACGCCACAGCCAGCUUCGCCGAAGCCAGCGCCAAAGGCAAAGCCCAAGCCUGCUUCGAAGUCCGCGCCGAAGCCAAAGCCAACGGCGCGCAGCGCCGCCCAAGCUCGUGCGCGUCCAAUGAGCGAGACCUAUCAGCGUGCGCCGCCGGCUGAGCUUCCCGUGGCGCCGGGCGACCCACGCACGCUCGGAUACGGCACCGACCAAGCGCGCUGGCUCAAGGAAGAGAUGAAGCGCAAGGCGCAGAGCGGUGCCGCUGCAAACCCGUUCAGGGCGCACGCGUCCACCGCGCCGCAGCCCACUGCUGCUGCGCCGGCGCCGCAGCCGCGCCUCUCGUCGGGCCAAGCGCCAGCGCCGCCGCCGCACGAGCAGCUCGGGCAGCUGCAGCUGCAGCCUCGGGCGCCGCAGGCGCAGCAGGCGCACUCUUCGCCGCACAUGAACCGGCUCGCCUCUGUGCCGGGCCAACCCACGCUUCGCAAGCCGUCGCCUCAGCCGCAGAUGCAGCCGUCGCAGCGGCAGAUGCAGCCGUCGCCUCAGCCGCAGAUGCAGCGGCAGGUGCAGCCGCAGAUGCAGCCGAGGGCGGGGCAGCCCUUCGCGCCCAGCCCGCAUCAGACCGCCUCCUCGCUGGCGCGCUCGCCGAUGCCGCCACAGCCGCAGCGCUCGCCGAUGCCGGCGCAGCAUGCCGCGCCGCAGCCGCGACCGCAGCUGCGACCCGCCGCCCCCGUCGGCCGGAGCCCGGGAGGGCCGCUAGCCAGCCCGGCUGGCACGGCCGCGCCCGCGACGUGGGGUCCGCAGCUCGCUGCCGCGCAGCCGGCGCCGCACGCGCCGCCGCAACGAGCGGCGCCGCCGCAGCUGUCCCCCGCUGCGCGCCCCGCGCCGCCCGCCUUCCAGUACUCCCCCGUGCUGGCCUCGCCGGCCCAGCCAGCGGCCAGCCAGCCAGCGGCGG